CGCCGGCGGGCGCGGCCGGCAGCGAUGCGGUACAACGAGCGGGAGCUGCUCUCGCUCUCGCGGCAGCCGGCCGAGAAGGCGGCCGAGAUCCUCAUGCGGGCGCCCAAGAAGGGAAGCGUACUGAAGAAACGUCUGGUGAAGCUAGUUGUCAAUUUUCUCUUUUAUUUCCGAACGGAUGAAGCAGAGCCCAUUGGUGCUUUGCUGCUGGAACACUGCAGGAUCCGCCAAGAAGAAGAAAAUGUUUUUUCUAUAGGUUUCCUUGAAGAACCAGACAGGAAGUACUACUUUGAGUGCGAUACGGCCGAGCAGUGCCAGGAGUGGAUCGAGGUGCUGCGGAGAGCCAGCUAUGAGUUUAUGAGAAGCAGCUUGGUCUUCUAUCGAAACGAGAUCCAGAAGAUGACGGGGAAGGAUCCUUUGGAACAGUACGGCAUCUCCGAAGAAGCUCGUUUCCAGCUGGGGGCAGGAAAGCUAUAAGCCCAGCUUGUUGGCUGGUACUGAGUCCUCACCCAGCCAUAAGGACUGAAUUGCCAGGCCUUCUCUCUUUGGUGGGGAGGGCAGCAGCGGCACUGUACACUGUUAAUUUUAACAAAACGCUGUUGUCCUUUGAUUUUAGUCCCUAAAGCAAAGGAAUUUUAUAGUUUUUAAAAAUAAUAAUAAGGGAAUCUUGACUACGUGCACCCUCUCUGAUCUGUUUUGGUGCUCCCUAAGAUUGUUCCUGGCACAGUAUUGCCUCCAAUCCUUGGUUGAAAUAACCUACCUCAAUAUUGCCUUUAAAAAUGUAUCUCCUUUACAAUGAGUUUCCAAAUUGCAUGCCGUUGGGAGAACGCUUAUAAAUCCAACAGCAAGAUGCCUGCUGUAACUCUGCCUGAUUCAGCUCUUCAGCUGUGGGGCACUUGACGAACGGGGCAUUCAGUCAUUCAUGGUGCAACACAGGAAGAGGCUGUCAAAGGUGGCUGCCACUUCCCUCUCUGCACAAGUCUCUGUUCUAGUUUGACUCUCUUCCCAACAGCAGGUUCCCCUGACCCCAAAGAACCAAGCAAAGACUUAAAAGAGUGAAAAAGAUUUGUCUCUGAAUAUGGAAGACUGAAAAGGCAGAGUCCUAGUGGGCUAAUAUGAUUGGGUAGCUCAACUGGUAUUACUAAAGCAGUUUUCCUAGGAUGUAGGUCCUAGGCUGCCAACAACAUUGAACAUCAGGUGUGAUAGCUCCCAUUUUUGUCUGCUUGAUGGACCAGAUCUGGAAGGCAUGUUCAAACAGACCUGACCCUGGUGCUUUGAUAGACUGGGGUUUAUGGCUUACCCCCCGUGGUACAGUCACUCUCUGCCAAAAUUAAGCUGAUACCAGCCAGUGCAGACUAGGGCACAAAAUGGUACACCUGAACCUUUCGGGGCCAGUGCUGCCCCGUGGCAGCAUUUCCUUACCUAAAGAGCACAGCUCCUCACCUCUUUGGGCUUCUUGUUGAAUGUAUGUAACAGAUGCUGUGAAAUUUCUGCGGGCAUUCAGAAAGCUCCCCUGACCUCCUCUGGAGAACAAUCAGCGCAUCGCUUGCAGGCUCUUCUGGUUCCCCUUUGUGGCUUCUACGUUAGUGGCUAACUGCUCCUGCUCUUCCAUGUAGCACAUGUGGAGUGAGAAAGGAACCUGUGCACACAAUGAUUUUCUCACACUCCCUCAAUAAAAACUGUUGUUUAAU